AUGAGCUCCAACGUGGGACCGCCAGUGGCCCCAGGCACCGUGGAGAUCGCUGGCGGUCCCAAGCUGUCCCGCAGCGAAGCGAGGAGGCUGAGGGAAGAGGAGGAAUCUGCCGCCGUCAAGUCCCUUGCAGAAGCUUGGAGGCUGGGCACCAAAGCCAAGCUAGUUGAGGCAGUGGAUCAGGAGGAGGAGGCGAAGAAAAACGAAGCACGGGAGCGGUCACGCAGCAGGGAGAAGAAGGAAACUCUCGAUCGGUUGGCCAAGAUUGCAGCAGACAAGGCUGCAGCCGCCAAAGCAAAGAAGGAGGCUGCCGAAGGUGAGGAACCGGCCCCUGAAGAGAAGAAGCUGAGCAAGGCUGAAGAAGCAAAGCUGCUUCUCUUGAAGGAGAAAGAGAAGGCUCGUCUGAAGAAGCAGGCAAUGGAAGAGGCCAAGAAGGAGGAGGAGAUGCGCAAGAAGAUGGCCGUCCUGGAACGGGAUCUGAACAAAGGUGACAAGGGCAAGUACAAGCGAUAUUAA